CACUGUCAAUCAUGACGUUGCCGUACAAUGUUUGCAAAAGUAUAAUUUGGUUAUUUUGCUUGAAUUUUGGGAUGAUUUAAAUUAUUUAUUAUAAUAAUAAAAAGGUCUUUAUUAAAAAAAUUAAUACAAAUAAUCUGUGAUAUGAUGUCGUUAAGAUAUCCAAGCCGCUUGGUUAGGCAAAUAAAUAAAAUAACACGUAAAAAUUGUCGAUGUUUUUCGGCACCAACUAGAAUAACUACUAUGAAGGAUAAAUUAAACCAUGGACCAAACUUGAAGGAGUUUAUCACUGGAUCAUCAGAGCCAAUCCUUACAGAACGUCCUAAUAUACCUUAUUUACCUGAUGAUAUUCAAGAUAUAUCAAAGAGAAAAGUUUUUUUCGAUGUGUACGGAUGUCAAAUGAACUUGAAUGAUACAGAUAUAGUAUGGUCUAUUUUGGAAAAAGAAGGUUUUGAAAGAACUGAAAUAGAAGAAGAAGCAGAUAUUUUCCUUGUAAUGACGUGUGCCAUAAGGGAAGGAGCGGAGACCAAGAUUUGGCAUCGUUUAGAUCAUUUAAGAGGUUUCAAACGGCGCCGAGCUCUCUCAAAACAUAAAAAUAGACCAGUAAAAAUCGCAAUACUUGGCUGCAUGGCAGAACGUUUGAAGGAGAAACUUGUAGAGAAAGAGAAGGCAGUUGAUGUUGUGGCAGGCCCAGACAGCUAUCGAGACUUGCCUCGUCUACUCGCGUUGACUGACAGUGGACAAACAGCGGUGAAUGUGCUUCUCUCACUUGACGAGACAUAUGCUGAUGUUGUACCAGUUCGAUUAAAUCAAGAUAGUGUGUCUGCUUUUAUCUCAAUAAUGCGAGGCUGUGACAACAUGUGUACAUAUUGCAUCGUGCCCUUCACACGAGGUAGGGAGCGUUCCCGCCCGAUCACGUCCAUAGUGGACGAGGUGCGAUACCUCUCUGAUCAGGGCGUCAAGGAGGUCACGCUGCUGGGACAGAAUGUCAACAGUUACAGGGACGUGUCCACUCAGAGUGAAGCUAGGGAUACGCAAAUGGCGAAAGGUUUUAAAACUGUGUACAAGAACAAAAAAGGUGGUCUGAGAUUUGCUGAUCUGCUGGACAAAGUGUCCAGUGUAGACCCUGAGAUGAGGAUCAGAUUCACUGCGGCGCACCCGAAAGAUUUCCCUGAUGAGGUGUUACAAGUGAUCUCGGAGCGUGCUAACAUCUGCAAGUUGCUGCACCUGCCCGCGCAGUCGGGCUGCAGCGCCGUGCUGGCGCGCAUGCGGCGCGGCUACACGCGCCACGCCUACCUGCAGCUCGUGCACCACGUCACGCACGCCAUACCGGGCGUGGGUCUCUCCACGGACAUGAUCUGCGGCUUCUGUGGUGAAACUGAGGAGGAGUUCCAAGAGACGCUGUCACUGAUGCAGCUCGUCGACUACAACGUGGCCUUCCUUUUCCCUUACAGUAUGAGAGAGAAAACAACAGCAUAUAGAAGAUACAAAGAUGACGUCCCAGAGCAAGUUAAAAAGGAACGACACAGUCGCAUGAUCGAAUUAUACAGGAAAAAAAGCCAAUUGCUAAACGAAGCAGAAAUCGGGAACACGCAUUUGGUAUUAGUCGAGAGCAUCGUGAAGAAAACAGGCCAAAUAUUAGGCAGAAAUGAAUUGUACAUAAAGGUUUUGUUUGAUCAAACGGAAAUUUUGGCCCAAGAUGGCGGCAGGAGGGCUGUCACUCCCGGCGAUUAUGUAGCUGUCAAAAUUGUUGGCGCCAAAAGUUCUGUGCUGAGCGGCAUUCCUUUAUACCAUACAAGUAUUAGGGAUUUCUACAGAGAAACAAGCUGGGGGGAUAGACAUGCCGUUAGAAUGUAAAUAUUGUAAGAUUUACAUGUGAAUUAAUGUAUCAUUGUUAAUAAAUUUAUUUUAGAUAUCAGUAA